GAGGGAACUGUUGUUGGUCAGCACUAUACUCGUAUCCCAAAGCUACGUAGCAUACUGGCUGGCCAGUUAGAGGAGACCUUUUCAUAUCUUAGUAGACCAGGAAAGAUACAGAGACUUGCCCGAAUUUGCGUCGCCAGCAUGAAAUCAUAUGCGGCCUUAUAAGAUGCACUAAGAUCAGGAUUUCGUUGCCAUUCCAUAGAUAAUAGUGCCCUUGUUCCCGCAUGUGUUUGUUUUCAUUUUCUGAUUGUCCCAACCUUCUACCAAAUAUUAAAUUCCUCCAACCUCCUCAUAAGAAAGGUUUGCUUUCGGACCUCUCUUUCUCUAAAGUACUUAAGUCGGUCGUUAUACCUAUUCUCUGUGGUGCAAAGUACAGAGUGUGCUAUCGUUAUACAAGUUUGACGCAGUACAAGCUCAAAACAUAUCGCUACAUAUUGCAAUCAUGAAGGCAGCUUUCGCUUUAUUGGCUUUGGCCACCUCGACUUUCGCUCAAGGGAUUCAGGAAAGAUGGUAUUCAAGUCCUCCUGGUUAUUCGAGCCCUCCCGGGUAUCCUGUUGAGACUGAUACUACUACUUGGACCACUUAUACUUCAACCACUAUCUGUCCAGUCACUUCAACUACCACCGAAGAAGGAACAACGAAAUGGGUUACAAGUAUCGCUACAUCAACUGUAGUUGUCACUAGUUGUGUUGGAGGUUGCGGAGGAGUUGUCACUGUGCCUGGUCCAACUGGAUGGGCAACCACCACCACCGACGUCAUCGUCACGUAUACCACCACUUGCGCGGUAACGGAGACCGUCACUGCCCCCGGAAAUACUUACACAAAGACAUACACCACCACUUCUAUCGUCGAAACGGCUGUACCCACCACGAUCGUCAACACUGUCACUGCGCCUGACACAACAGAGACUGUUCAAACUGGAGUAGUUCAAACUCUUACAAGUCUCUGUCCAAUUACCGAGACAACUACCAUUUCAGGAAAAGUAGAGACGGUUACUUAUACGUCAACUUCAUUGUAUACAACUCACGUUCCUACAUAUAUCGAAGUUACAGCCACCGCUCCUGACAACACAAAGACCGUUGAGACCGGAGUGGUUCAAACUCUUACGAGUCUUUGUCCUAUCACCGAAACAACCACUAUUUCAGGAAAAGAAGAGACGGUUACUUAUACAUCAACAUCAGUGUAUACAACUCACGUUCCUACAUACAUCGAAGUUACAGCCACCGCUCCUGACAAUACAAAGACUGUUGAGACUGGAGUGGUUCAAACUCUUACAAGUCUUUGUCCCAUUACCGAAACAACCACUAUUUCAGGGAAAGAGGAGACUGUAACAUACACAUCCACAUCAUUAUACACAACAAUUCUUCCUACCUAUGUUGAAGUUACAGCCACCGCUCCCGACAAUACAAAGACUGUUGAGACUGGAGUGGUUCAAACUCUCACAAGUCUUUGUCCCAUCACCGAAACAACCACUAUUUCAGGGAAAGAGGAGACUGUAACAUACACAUCCACAUCAUUAUACACAACAAUUCUUCCUACCUAUGUUGAAGUUACAGCUACUGCUCCUGACACAACGAAAACCGCUGUCACCGGAGUUGUUUCUACAAUAACUUCUCUCUGUCCAGUCACAGAGACAAAAACAGUCUCAGGAAGUCUGGUAACUGUCAUCUACACAACUACUUCAUUUAUUGUCACAAACAUCGGAACCACCGUCCAAGUAGCAACUACUCUCCCAGCAAAAACCACCACUGUUGCAACAGGAGUACUUCAAACUAUCACUAGUCUUUGCCCUGUUACUGAAGUUGAAACCAUUUCCGGAAUCGAAUAUACCGUUACAAAGACCUCAACUAGCCUUAUAGUCACUGAAGUAUACACUACUGACUACUCAAAAACUACUUUACCCGGAGGAACUAAGACAAUCGAAACAUACGUUUAUCAGACGUCUACUAGCUUAUGCCCAGUCACUGAAGUUCAAACAAUUUCUGGUGUCCCGAUCACAAAAGUGUAUACCAGUACGAUCGUCACUGAAGUCCAGGUUCCUACAACCAUUGUUCAAUACACUACAACUCAAGCUACUGAAUAUAAGACUACUGAUGUCUACGAAACUACAACAUGUAUUGAAAGUGUAUAUACAACCAUCAGUGCGGGAUCAACCAUCGUUUUGACCGCCACCCAAACAAACACAAUUCAAGUGACCGCCGUUCAAACCUUGACAUCUACCGUCCCUGCCGCAAUUGGCGAAACCACCGUUUAUAUUCCGACCACAAUCGGCCAUACCAUCGAAACCGUCGCCAUCGUCACCGUUCCCUCCAUCGUCCGUACCGUCACCCUCGGAACAACCUACUACGCAAACACAACCCACGUGCAAACAUCAACUUACAUCCAACCCAGCACUCUAACUGUUGGGGGCCAGACCACGAGCUAUGUUGUUCAGCCUAGCGUUAGCGUAAGCAGUGUAGCAGCUACGAGCGUAGCUACAGUUGCGCCUAGUGCGCCAAUAGAGGCGAAUAAUGCGGGAAUGAAUGCACCAGGGUUGGUGAUGGGGUUUGUGAUGGGUGUUUUGGCUCUUUUGUAGAUGAAUAUGUGGGGAUCUUGUAGUGAUUCAGAGGGGUUCUCUUUCCUUCUUUUUCUGGAAGAAAUGGUUUUAUGCCUCUUCUCUUCGCCGGCUGGAUGCAUAUAAAUACACAAUGAUACGAAUGAAAGAAUGGGGGCGAUUAUGGAUGUGGAUAAUAUGAAUGGUAUGGAAAGAAGGAAGAAGGAAAAAACAUGACGAUAUGACACGAUACAAUGUGCUAAGGAUUGGAUAUGGGAGGGGAUAACGUUCCUUUAAGAGAUUACUUUGGAAAGCGGACGAGAAGAAAAAUGGAUGGAAUCGAGGGAUUUUAGGGGGUAAUCACUAAUUUAUUUGUAGAUAUUAUAAUUCUAUUCUAUUCGUCCUAUCUCGUUUUAUUCUAUCA